GGCAGAUAAAGUAUUCACCUGUGACGAGUGUGGAAAGUCAUUUAACAUGCAAAGAAAAUUAGUAAAGCACAGAAUUAGGCACACAGGAGAGAGACCAUACAGCUGUUCAGCCUGUGGACCCCCUAGGAGCCGGGCAGGAUGGUGAAGCUGGGGAACAAUUUCAACGAGAAGAGCACAAAGCAGCCCCUCCUGGAGGAUGGCUUCGACACCAUCCCCCUCAUCACGCCCCUGGAUGUCAAUCAGCUGCAGUUCCCGCCUCCCGAUAAGGUUGUGGUCAAAACGAAAACAGAAUAUGAGCCUGAUCGCAAGAAAGGAAAAUUCCGUACUCCAAAAAUAGCUGAAUUCACGAUCAGCAUAACUGAAGGAGUCUCAGAAAGGUUUAAGGUAACAGUCCUGGUCCUUUUUGCCCUUGCCUUCCUAACAUGUGUUGUAUUUCUGGUAGUCUACAAGGUUUACAAGUAUGAUCACACCUGUCCAGAAGGAUUUGUCUUCAAGAAUAAUCAGUGCAUUCCAGCUGGGUUGGAGAACUACUAUUCUGAACAAGAUUCCAGCACUCGAGGGAAAUUUUACACGGUCAUAAACCACUACAAUCUGGCCAAACAAACCAUCACACGCUCAGUGUCUCCAUGGAUGACAGUACUAUCAGAAGAAAAACUGUCUGAACAGGAGACCGAAGCUGCUGAGAAAUCAGCUUAGUGCGAUAAGCAAACUGCUA